UUACAGGUGACAAGCCACCGCAAGGUGCUGUUUUGACACACAAGGAAUUUAUCAUUCGCAUCUGCAGUGCUUAUCUUGUUCUCGACUCUGCAAAUGAUUACGAAAAGUUUAAAAGCUUUCACCGCGACUCUGGGGGGGCAAUCAUCGGGAUAUGUUCUGAUCCACAAGACAGGAGGUUCUGUUGAUCAGGUCGAUGCUGCCGAAAAGCUCAUUAGAGCUUUUAUCCGAGAGAGAUAUGCUGACAACCCAUGCCCACCACUUUUGAUGGAACCAGGAUUAUAUCGGACUAGUAUACCCUUGUCUGAAGAGAAGAUCUUUGGUUUGAUGCGCAGCUAUGACAAUCAGGUCAUAAUGGAAGCACAAACUGGUACUUGGCUGGAGAUAGAAUUAGACGAUGUGACGUCAAACCCGACUGGCAUAGUCAUAUAUGGGAGUUAUGAAUCUCAGGUCCACAAAGCGGUUGAUCUAAUUACCAAAAUUAUCUCCGCGGUAAGUUUUAGCUUUGUCACAAGUCCAGUAAAUUUUUCUUUUGAGCUUCAGUAUGAACCUAUCCCUAAAGAAGCCAUAUGGUUUCUUUGUCAAGAAUACCCUGCUUCUAGAAAGCAUGACCGUGGAGAAGCUGAAGAACGACCGCCUUCAAAGAAGCAGGGGACAAUGAAUCUGGGAGUCGGAAAUGAAACCAUGGACAUGGAAUGUGGUAUGGUAACCUAA